UUGCUGUACGGUAACGAAUCGAAGGAAGAAUCACGUUCAAGAUGGCGACCUCGUUGCUGGUUUCUUUGUUAGGAAGAGAAUGUUCAAUUUGUAAUUUCUUGCGAUUCUAUUUGUGCAUUUAUUUGAUUUUUUCGAAAUCCUAUGUAGAAUGUAUUGGUGAAGUUGUAUAUGCUGUUAAUUGUGGUGGUACUGGGCCACAUACAGAUUUAAAUGGAGUACAUUAUCAAACAGAUAAAUUGUCAAUAGGAACAGCUUCUGAUUAUGGUAAAAGCUUGCAAAUAGACAGAGCAGCACCGUCAGAUCAAAUAUUAUAUCAAACUGAACGCUAUCAUGUAGCUGAUUUUGGAUAUACGAUACCCAUUAAGGAUGAAGGAAAUUUUGUUUUAGUCUUAAAGUUUUCUGAAGUGUACUUUCGUGGAUCAAAAAUGAAGGUCUUCGAUGUGAGAUUAAACCACCAACAUGUUGUGAUAAAAGACCUUGAUAUAUAUGAUCGUGUUGGAUAUGGUGUUGCACAUGACGAGUAUGUGCCCUUCAGUAUAAAGCGUGGUGAACUUCAAGUUGGACCACAUACAUCUCCCUUUCCUGGUACUCUGUAUGUGGAAUUUGUAAAGACUUAUCAUGACAACCCUAAAAUAAAUGCUAUAGUAAUAUUCAAAGGAAAAGUUGAAGAUGUGCCCCGCCUUCAACCGUUAGAACAGCAUGCAGAAGAACAACAGGAGCGAGACGAGGAGGCAGAAGAGGAAGUCCCAAAAGACAAAAAGAAUCGUAAAACAUCUGGUCCAAAAGUCCAAGAUCCCUACGAAUUAGAAGACAAUACUUCCUACUUGUACCCAGUCCUCAUCGCUUUAGGCUUGUUCAUCCCAACCGUUUUAUGUCUUUGCAAACUUUAAAUAGGGUUGCGUGGUAAGGAAUAGUUGUGCGUGGUGGUGCGAAUGCGAGUCCUUUGAAUUUUUUUUGUUCAUAUACAUACGCCUAGUCAAAACUUUAUUUAAUUUUUUUAGAAUUUUAUUAUUUUGGGGCUCAUCGAGCUUUAAUUUGUAGUUGCGAUACUGAAAGUUGAAUUUAAGGAAAUUCGGACUUUAGUAAAAUUGUAGUUGAAUUUUAUGACCCUAUUUUUUUUUAAAAAUCAAAACUAAACAUGGAUCGGCUAGGCUUGCGUCUGUUAAAGUGUUUUUUUCCUCUUUACUGAAAAUGAGAAGUUGCUUAGCUAAGCAUUGUUGAAGUUGAAAUUUUGAGUUGUAUGUAGUAUGUGUAGACUUGUUACCUUGAAAUAUCAGCAUCGAGAUAA